AUGUCCGUCGACAAGGAGGAAUUGGUGCAACGCGCCAAGCUUGCGGAGCAGGCUGAGCGGUACGACGACAUGGCGGCGGCGAUGAAAGAAGUCACCGAAACCGGAGUCGAGCUCAGCAACGAGGAAAGAAAUCUACUUUCUGUUGCCUACAAGAACGUCGUGGGUGCUCGACGGUCAUCAUGGCGAGUCAUAUCCUCAAUUGAACAGAAAACCGAAGGUUCGGAAAGAAAACAACAGAUGGCAAAAGAAUAUAGGGUUAAAGUAGAAAAAGAGCUCAGAGAAAUCUGCUACGACGUUUUGGGUUUACUCGACAAACACCUUAUCCCUAAAGCUAGUAAUCCAGAAAGUAAAGUAUUUUACCUUAAAAUGAAGGGAGAUUACUACAGGUACCUCGCAGAAGUGGCCACUGGAGAAACCAGAAAUUCUGUUGUAGAGGAUUCACAGAAAGCAUACCAGGAUGCUUUCGAAAUCAGCAAGGCGAAAAUGCAGCCCACACACCCAAUAAGGCUUGGGCUGGCGUUAAAUUUCUCCGUCUUCUAUUAUGAGAUAUUAAAUUCACCAGAUAAGGCGUGUCAGCUCGCCAAACAGAAGGCCUACCAGGAGGCGUUCGACAUUGCUAAGGCCAAAAUGCAACCCACCCAUCCCAUCAGGCUCGGUCUCGCGCUCAACUUUUCCGUAUUCUAUUACGAGAUUAUCAACUCGCCUGCGAGGGCGUGUCACUUAGCCAAACAGGCGUUCGAUGACGCGAUCGCGGAACUGGACACGUUGAACGAGGACUCGUACAAAGACUCGACGCUGAUCAUGCAGCUGCUGCGGGACAACCUGACGCUGUGGACGUCGGACACGCAGGGCGACGGCGACGAGCCGGCCGAGGGCGGCGACAAC